ACAAGCGCGACUCUCCAUGGCACAGCCAAUAGAAACGUUUUUUUCUUAUCCCCUAGAAAACCAAGCGUUUGAAAAAAAAGCGGCGCGCGGCGCGUUCCUCCCGCAGCCAAUAGUGAAGUAGACCUCCGAGCACCUCAUUUGCAUAAGGCUGCUUAUAAAUACGAGCGUACGGGACUCUGUGCCAUCAGUCCGCUAUUCCAAUUGGUAGCGUGCGUGUCAAGAUGCCCGAGCCCGCGAAAUCCGCGCCGGUGCCCAAGAAAGGGUCGAAGAAGGCCAUCACCAAGACGCAGAAGAAAGGCGACAAGAAGCGCAGGAAGAGCCGCAAGGAGAGCUACUCCAUCUACGUCUACAAGGUGCUGAAGCAGGUCCACCCCGACACCGGCAUCUCCUCCAAGGCCAUGAGCAUCAUGAACUCCUUCGUCAACGACAUCUUCGAGCGCAUCGCGGCCGAGGCGUCCCGCCUGGCUCACUACAACAAGCGCUCCACCAUCACCUCCCGCGAGAUCCAGACGGCCGUCCGCCUCCUGUUGCCCGGCGAGCUGGCCAAGCACGCCGUCUCCGAGGGCACCAAGGCCGUCACCAAGUACACCAGCUCCAAGUAGAGCGCAAGCUUGCCACCGGACCGCAGGGAAGACUUGCCUGCCAAUCCCCCCCAAAAAAGGCUCUUUUAAGAGCCGCUCACUUUCUUCUGAAAGGGCUGUAAGCGCGUUA